UGCUGUUCACAACCUUAUCCAAUUCGCAGCGAGCACUCUGAUCAAUUUUCGUUAAAAUGGAUAUUAAAGACGUCAAAGAAAUAAAAAUAAUGCAACAUUCUGUGAGAUUAUUGCAAAUUCCUUAUCUCCUUCCCACUACGAAAGAAAUGAACGAUCCGAAAGCGAAUAUUUACAUCAAAUACUUGUUGGUAAAUAUUAGUUCUAUAUAUUUUUCAAUUGGAGCAUUACUUCAUAUGAUAUUUAAUCUAAAAAAGGGUAUUGCUGAUCAUAUUGAUAAAGAUAUUGGUAAUAUCUUAUCGUAUCAUGGAGCUUCGUAUUUUUUGUUUAGAUAUAUGUUGAAUCUAAGAUCUAUUGUACUUUUAUUCAAACAAUUUUCAGAUUUCAAAACUUUCGGAAAACCUAAUAAAUUCGACGAAAGAAAUGAGCGUAUAAAUAAAUGGUCAAAAAUCUACAUAUAUUACCAUAGUUGUAUCAUAAUAACAAUGCUUACUCCUGCUUUAUUAUACAUACCGCAAUGCAAACAAGAAAAUUUGGAAAAAAACUUGGAAGAAGUAUGUGGCUUACCGAUGGCAACUUGGCUGCCGUUUAGGUUUGAUAAUUUUCCUGUUAAACAAAUUGUUUACUUGUAUGAGUGCUAUGCGGUUCUUGUAGUCUACCAAACAGCUGGAUUUGUAUCAUUCACCAUUUUGGCUUUAUGCGAACAUUUGGUGCUUAGAUUUGAACAUGUAGAAGAUGAGUUAGUGAUUGCUUUAAAUGAAAAAGACAGAGUGAUUAGAAGGCAGAAAUUUUAUAAAGCCAUACAAUAUCAUCAAGCUGUUAUCGAAAUUGGAGCGUUGUUAAACAAAUGUUUCAGUCCUUGUAUGAUGGUGCAUAUUAGUUUAACGGGACCAUUCAUAGGCGUUAUAGGAUACACUUUUCUCACGCAUAUCCCUUUAGAUUCCACCGCUCUAUUAAUAGGUUGGUUGAUAUCAACUUAUAUUGUUUGUUAUGGAGGUCAACGAUUAAUGGAAGCGAGUAUUUCAGUUGGUAAUAUUAUGCAUCGAAUUCAUUGGUACGAUUUGGAAACGGAUAUUCAAAAGGAUCUUAUAUUAAUUAUAAUUAGAAGCAGAUUUCCUAUUUACCUAACAGCUGGACCAUUUGGACCUAUUACUUACAGCACGAUAGUAACGAUUCUUAAAACCUCGUAUUCUUACGUAACACUAUUGAAACAAACAAUGUGA